AUUUAACUGCCUUACUUCUAAACACGACAUUCUUCAGAGAUAUAUUACCAACAGGUGACAAUCUUCCUAUCAGAUAAUGGAGGAUGAUGAGGAACAGCAUCCGAUUCCUCCUCUCUUGCCUACAUUGAGUGUCCCCCCUGCCCCUCCCAAACUGAGAGAGAGGGAGAGUUACCACGUCUUCAUCAGCUACAGCAGCACUGACUGGCGCUGGGCCCACUCCCUGGUCAACAGUCUGGAAUCCAAUGGCCUGCAGGUCUGCUACCACGAAAGGGACUUUGUCCCCGGCCGCACCGUGCUGGAGAACAUGUCCGACUGCAUCCAGGAGAGCCAGAAGGUGCUGCUGGUCCUCAGUCCAGAGUUUGUGAGGAGCCGCUGGUGUCUCCUGGAGGCCAACAUGUCCCUGUUCAGAGACUGUCUGGAGCGGAAGCCUGUGGUGCCUGUGCUGUUGGUGCCAGGAGUCCCCAUCCCUCUGCACCUCUGUCACCUCACCUACCUGGAUUCCAGGGACCCAUACUUCCUCAGUAAGGUGCUCAAGGUGCUCUGCACCCCCAACCAGCAGCUCCAGGGCUCCACUGUGGUGCCCUUCCAGUCCCCCUCCAUCUACAACGGGAAGGCCCUGCAGCCUCUAUGUGCCGUCAAUGAGGAGGGGCUCCAGAAAUGGGAGGCUGGUCAGUUCAGUGAGAUGGAAGUGCCGGACCAACUGCGUUUGGUCAUAGAGGACCAGGAGAAGUACAGCAGGGCUAUAAGGAUGGUCAACAGUGUCUCUCAGACCAAAGUGUGGCUGCGUCCUCUGUGGCUUAGAGCACUGAUCAUGUUGUUUGGGGUUAUAAUGUUAAUAUGUCUCUCUGGUGUUAUUUCUGUUUUCGCCGUUCUCGGUAUUGGUGAGGAUCAAGCUAACUUUGAAAUGUAUGUGUUUGCAGUGGCUCCAUUGACGUUAAUAAUCCAACUAGGUCUUUGGAAGAAGGACGAUGAAAGGUACAUCACACGUGAGAUGCAGAAAGCUGUUGGUCAGGCAAACCUACUCCUUUCAGACGAGAAGGUACUGAUGGGUUGCCAGUCCAGAACCAAACUCUAUACAGCCUAUGUGUCUAUUGACAGUUGUAGGCAAGAGUUUGGUGACACGUUCCAUGAGCAGGCCUGUGCUGAAGAGAUGUUCCAGAGAGCUGUGCUCUUCUUCUCAUCAGGAUACACCUGCUGUCUGGCCAAGAGACACUUCCCUUUUCCCCAACCCAGCUCCAAUGGUCACCUAGAGGGAAGCGUGUGUUUCUGCCAGUAUGUCUCCCAGCAGCUAAGCAGAGGGGAGUGGUCAUAGGAGUGGGCAGCCAUUUGAAAUACCUAGGGUGUGGCAAUGAAUGCAAGCAUCACCAUUUUUUAUUUAUUCCUUAAACAUUUCUAGCCCGUCUAUUUAUGGGUAACAGGGCUGAUGUUUUAUACUCGACCUAUUCGAUUUUCCACCACAAAACAUCAGAAAAUGGCAAACAAUAGUAGAACCAGCUCACCUGCUUUUACACAAUCAUUUGAC